AGCAGCAGCAGUAGCGGCCGUGACAGAACACACGGGACGGGUAAUUCUUAUCAUGGAUUGUGAAGAAAUUCCAGAGUUUUCAACUUCAGAGGAAGAAGCUGCAUACUGGAAAGAGCUGACUUUAAAAUAUAAACAAAGUUUUCAAGAGGCCCAUGAAGAGCUGGCAGAAUUUCAGGAAGGCAGCAGAGAACUGGAAGCAGAGUUAGAGGCCCAACUGGUACAGGCUGAACAAAGAAACCGAGAUUUACAAGCAGACAACCAAAGAUUAAAACAGGAAGUGGAAACCUUAAAGGAAAAACUUGAACACCAGUAUGCACAAAAUUAUAAGCAAGUGUCUUUAUUGGAAGAUGACUUGAGCCAGACUCGGGCAAUUAAAGACCAAUUGCAUAAAUAUGUAAGAGAGCUAGAACAAGCCAAUGACGAUCUUGAGCGUGCGAAAAGGACCACAAUUGUUUCUUUGGAAGAUUUUGAACAAAGGCUGAAUCAAGCCAUAGAGAGAAAUGCUUUUUUGGAAAGUGAACUGGAUGACAAGGAAUCUCUGCUAGUUUCCGUGCAAAGACUGAAAGAUGAAGCUAGAGAUUUAAGGCAAGAACUAGCAGUACGAGAAAGACAACAAGAAGUAACCAGGAAAUCUGCUCCUAGUUCCCCAACCCUGGAUUGUGAAAAGAUGGAUUCAGCAGUCCAAGCUUCACUGUCAUUGCCAGCAACACCUGUUGGGAAAGGCUGUGACAACAGCUUUCCCUCUCCAAAAGCUAUUCCCAAUGGCUUUGGUACCAGCCCCCUUACUCCAUCUGCCCGAAUAUCAGCUCUCAACAUUGUAGGUGAUCUUCUAAGAAAAGUGGGGGCUUUAGAAUCCAAAUUAGCUGCUUGUAGGAACUUUGCAAAGGACCAGGCAUCACGUAAAUCAUAUGUUGCAGGAAACAUAAAUAGCAGUAUGAUCAACAGCAAUGGCAUGAAGUUCUGUCAUCCAGGACAUACAACAUUUUAUGACAAAGCCCCCUGUAGUGUUCUCCCUGCCCCCAAUUGUCGCUGGAUCCUGAAACAGCCACGUUUGCUUAUGGACCCAACCCAAUCUGCUGCUGCUGCUGCCUUAUGAAUGGCCUAUAGUUGGGUGGUGGGACUGACUGAGGUCAGAUUCCCUACAUAUUUCAUGGGGCAGUCAACGGGUUUGACCAAGGCCCACCACCAGGUCUAGGAGCAUCCAGACCAUCAUCUGCACCCGGCAUGCUCCCUCUGAGCGUAUGAAUGGAUUGCAAAGCUAUGAUGGGACUUGGGUUUUGUUCUUGAAGGAAUAAGAAAAAAAGCUGCUUGUGAUAGUUUUCUGUUGGCACCCCCUGCUGGAGCUGAGCGGGUGUUACAGAACGCAGAAACUGCCCAGAAAACCAAGCACAUACAGAGCACUCCUUGUUAAUACAGUCUAUUUUCUUCUAUUUCCAUCGUGGACAUUCUUAAAAUGGUCACCACUGAUGUUUCUCUCACAGAUUGCAGGAGUUGCACUUACCCAAAUCACUUCCUUUUUUCCACCUCUUCUGUUUUGUAUGUUGGCUCACUAGGGAGUGCUUUGAUGCUGGGUAUCCUAUGUCUUUCACAUUGUACACAGGACCCCUGCUCUCCCCCCCCCCCACUUUUAUUUUCUGCAUAAGUCAAUUCAUUUUCAAGGAAAGUUUUAGAAAUCCUCUGGCCAGUGAUGGAUUUGGAAUAAAUUUUUAACAAGUUUCUAUGAGGGGUCUUUGUACCUAGCAGCACCCUGCCAAAGAUCUGGGUCGUGGGUCAUGGAGAAUAUUUAGAUGUGGCAUCUCCCUGUGGAGCAUAAUACAUUAUGCAAUUAUGCCAAAGUUGUUCUUUUCUAAAAUGGAGACAUACCCUCAGUUCAGCAAUUCCUCCGCAGUCAGUUUUAUCCUACUAAGUUGGCUUUCCCUAUUUUUAUUUCAAGAAAACUCUGGAUUGGACUUUUAGCUGCUUGGUGACAAUUGCCCAAAAGCAAAGGAAGGAGAAAGGAAUUAAAGCCAGGAAAGACUAGGGGCACAUUGCUACUCAUAGCUUGAAUUUUGUCAUCCCUUUCUUGUGUCCCCUUUGCUGCGUUAACUGUUUACAUUUGUUUUAUUGUACAUAGAUUUGUAAACAUAUUUGCCUAAGAUAUUUGUAUAUAACUUGGGCUUUCUAACUUUAUUUAUUAAGACUUCUGAGGCAUGUUUCCCUUAGGACAGUACGUCAACUUUAUGUGGUGACUGCCAUCCUGUGGUUUCACAAGAGAGAUGGUCCUAAAAUAAAGAUCUUUUAAUGUGGACA